GAAUCAGACGGAUGGACGCAGAGAGAGAAGACAGAGAGAAGGAAUAAUAAUCGACUUUUCAACUUUGACACACAAACACACACACACAGACACACACUCACACACACACACACACACAUGGACGCAGAGAGAGAAGACAGAGAGGAGGAAUAAUAAUCGAGGUCGUCAUGGAGACCAUCAGGACCCGUCUGACUCAGUCUUCCUCAGUGGGCGUGGCCGAGGAGGUGGGAGGGGCUGAGAGGGUGGAGAUGAUGUUUGAAGAGGCGGAGCCUAGCAGUGACAUCACAGCGCUGGUGCUGCCGUAUCGCCGUGGUUACUGGAGAUCCGCCGUGCUCCUGUGUGUGGGCACCAUUGUCUUUGCCGCCGCGUUCCUAUUGGCCUACGCGGUGUUCGGUGGGCGGUUCCACUGCUCCCAGGUGGGGGAGGGGGAGGAUGAGGAGCCAGUGGGUGGGGCUAAAGCACCUGCAGAGGAAGGGGCGGGGCUUUACCUGGGAGAGCUGCGGGUGAUGAUGAGGAGGCUGCUGCAGGACGAAGAUAUCCACGAGACAGUCAGUCGAGUCAGCAGAGCGAACCAUCCUCCGGGCUCCUCCGAGGGAACGGCUCUGGCCUCCGACGUCCUCCGCCGCUUCACACGGCUCCAGAUGGACCACACCUGGACCGAGUCUCUGUACGCCACGCUGCAGUUCCCCCACAGGUCUCAGAGGAGCUCUCUAUGGCUGCUGGACUCUGCAGGACUGAUCUCAGAACAGAUUCCCCUGAACCCGUCUGACUUCUGUCCAUACAGCGCCACAGGAAGUACCACGGGGGGCGUGGUCUACGCCAACUAUGGCCGUCCGGAGGAUUUUAACUGGCUGAAGAGCGCGGGCGUGUCUGUGGUUGGCUCUGUGGUGGUGAUGCGUGUUGGGGGCGGGGUCAGUUUCGCUGAGAAGGUCUGGUUGGCUGAGAGGAGCGGAGGGGGCGGAGCUUUGAUCUACCCCGACCCAGCCGACCUGCCACAGGACCCCCGACGUCUCGGACUGAACACACACACCGCCGUGUCAGAACAUGUCCACCUGGGGUCAGGUGACCCCUUCACCCCCGGCUUCCCUUCCUUCAACCACACUCAGUUCCCGCCCAUCCAGUCCUCCGGCCUGCCGCUGAUCCCCGUCCUGCCAAUCAGCGCCACCAUCGCCACCAAGCUGCUCAGCCAGCUGGCGGGUCCGUCCUGCCCUCCGUCAUGGCGGGGGCGUCUGCCGUACGUGCGCUGCGUGGUCGGUCCAGAGUUCAGCGCUGGACGCAGAGUCAAGAUGGCGGUCCACAACGUCCUGACGCCGGUCCUGCUGAACAACAUCUUCUCCUCUCUGACGGGCCGAGUCGAGCCAGACCAGUACAUCAUCCUGGGAGCUCAGAGGGACUCUCUGGGUCCCGGCGCCGUGACGUCCGGAGUCGGGACAGCACUCUUGCUGGAGCUGGCGCGAACUUUCUCCGCCAUGGUGAAGAACGGUUUCAGUCCCAGACGGAGUUUGCUGUUCGUCAGCUGGGACGCUGGAGAUUUUGGGAACGUCGGGGCGACUGAAUGGCUGGAGGGUUACCUGUCCAUGCUCCACCUGAAGGCCAUAGCCUACUUCAGUCUGGACCAGGCCGUCAUGGGUGAUGAUGUCCUGUCGGCCUACACCAGUCCUCUACUGAUCGACCUACUGGACGCUGCCAUCAGACAGGUGGAACAUCCCAAACAUGCGGGUCAGACCAUCUACAACCAGGCUGAGAGAGAGGGAGGCAGCUGGAGGAUUAUGAAGCCGCUGUAUCUGAACAGCGGAGCGUACAGCUUCACGGCGUUCGCAGGAGUUCCAGCUGUGGAGCUCCGAUUCACCGAGGAGCGAGCGUACCCGUUUGUCAACACGCCGCUGGACAGCGCCUCCCGCCUGCAGGAAGUGCUGGGCGGCCAUCUGGGGGUCACGGGGCGGAGCUUAGCGGAGCUGGUCGGGGAGAUGGUGCUGCGAUUAGCCCACGACCACAUCCUGCCGCUACGCAUCACUUCCUACGCCCAGACGGUGCUGCAGCUGAGCGCUCAGCUCAACAAACACUCUGCUGAGCUGCAGUCCCGAGGUUUGUCUCCUCAGUGGGUUUUCAGCGCCCGCGGAGAUUACAGCCGCGCGGCCGACACGCUGCAGAGAGCCAUCGACUACAGCGACCUGCACGACCCCGCCACGGCCCACUUUUACAACACGCGCAUCAUGAGGGUGGAAUACUACUUCCUGUCCCAGUACGUGUCCGUGGUGGAGACGCCGUUCCGUCACGUGAUCCACGGCCGUGGCGACCACACUCUGAGCGCGCUCAGUGAGCACCUGGCCCUGCUGACCUCCGACCCCGGACGCUUCGACGAGAAACGCUUCAGACGCCAGCUCGCCUUCUUCACCUGGACGCUGCAGGGGGCCGCCAACGCUCUGACGGGGGACGUGUGGAGCAUCCACAACACACACACAUACUGACACACACACACAUACUGACACACACACAGACACACACACACAUACUGACACACACACAGACACACACACACACA